AUGUCCGGAUUUUCAGUAGCAGAUUUAAUAAAACCAACAUUAGAAUCACUGAAUUCAUCUGAAGAAAAAUUAUUCAUUAAAGAAACAAUGAAAAGAAAUAUAGAUGAAAAGAAUAGUUUUCAACUUAUCAAUACUAACAUUAUAAACAGUGAUAAUAAUGACCGGUCAGUUAUGGUUGUUCCAUUGAACUCAUUCGAAGAACAUAAAAAUAUAAUACGCAGAAUAAAUUCAACAAGGAAUGAUAUUGUUAAGAAAAGUCGGAUUGAAAAUAAUUACAUUUCUAAGCUAUCUAAUCAAAGUAGUGAGAAUUUAGUUUCGGAUUCAGAAAUUACAUUGAAUUCACUACAAUCUACUUCGCAGAUAAAGUUUGAUGUAAAUAAUGCCAGUGAUAUUGGUAGUAAUAAUAAUAAUAAUACUGAUAUAAUUUCAGAAUCAUCUCCAACUAUAUCUGCACAAUCCUUUAAUUCUGUUAACAAUUUAUCAAAGGAGGAAAUGACUAUUCAGUCAAUAAAUAAAACAAAUUCGGACGCAUCAGUAUUUUCAGGGUCAUCUCAGACAAUCAUCUCGAAUGAUUUUAAUUUAUUUCCAACUACCAUUUCUUCGUCGUCUCCUUUAUCUUCUGUUACAAAUUCUCCUUCUUUUGGGUCUAAUACAGAAGAACAGUUACAAAUAUUAUUAAAAUUACAUAACUUAUUCGGAAUAACCAGUCCAAAUAAAUCCAUGCCAAACAAUAUAAAUUUAACAAAUUUAAAUUCCGUAGACAAUAAUUUGAAUGAUCAACCUUUUUUCAAUAAUAUUUUGCCAAACCCAACCCAAAAUUCACUGGGACAAAGUAAUCCGAAUAUAUCACUGAAUUCGUAUCAUGAAACGAUUGUACCAUUUAAUUCAUCAUACAUAAUGUCUAUAAUGAUUAAUAAUAUUUUAAAUAAAGAACAACUAGAAGAAUUAAAUUCUUCAACUCCAUCCUCUUCUUUAUAUCAACCUUAUUUAAAUUAUCUACAUCAUCAAAAUUAUCUUGAACAACAGCUGCCUCUGCAAAAACAUCAACAACAACAACAACAGUUAUAUCAUCAACAAUCGACUGAAUUGAAUUCACAACUAACAGCAGUAAACCGAGAUCGUUUGAUAGUCAAUUUUUUGAAAUCACGUUUUAUGUUAGACAAUAAUUGUGGACAAAAUGUUUUUCAAGAUUUAAAUGAACUAGCUAAACUUGAUCAUUCAAAUAUAUCAUUAAAUAAUUAUGAUAAUUUUAUUAAGAAUUCAAUUGGUCGUAACGUCUUGAUUACAUCCGAUAGUAGGAAACCAAAAAGGAUACGUACAGCUUUUUCACCAGCUCAGCUAUUUCAGUUAGAAAGUGCAUUUGAAAAAAAUCAUUAUGUUGUCGGGCAAGAACGUAAAGAUUUAGCUACUGAUUUAAAUCUAACUGAAACUCAAGUAAAAGUAUGGUUUCAGAAUCGUCGAACGAAAUAUAAACGUUUGCAUACAGAUGGUAAAGAAAUUCUAAGCGAUUCGAAUUCCAAAGACCAAAAAUCAUUAUCAGAUGGAGAUGAAGACAGUGAUGAUGAUGGUGAUGACAAUGAUGAUGACGAUGAUGAGGACGAUGAUGAUGAUGUUGAUGAUAAGUUAGUUAAAAGAGAUGAAGAGGAAGAUAAUAUUAUGAUUGAAUCUAUUCAUCAGAAUCAAAAUAAUUUGGAAUUUCAGAAUGAAACACAUUCAAAACAUCCAAACUCUGAAUCCUCUAAAAGAAUCAAUAUCAAUACAUUUCCAAUACAAAAUUCUUAUUCUAUUACAGAAAAUAAACAAUUUAGUCCUUCGAAAGAAUGUCAACAAUAUCUUGAUAAUUCAAGAUUAAACAAUCAAAGGAUUAAUGAUUUAUCAGAAAUAUCCAAAAUAAAUGAUUAUACAAAAUACACUUGGAAUUCAUUGAAACAAAUACAUGAAAAUUUAAAUACAAACACUGGAAUAGAACGAAAACAAUCGUCUAUUUUACAUUCAUCACAACAUUUAUUAAAUUCAGUAAAUCAAAAUCUAAAUUAUUUACAACAUUCUUGCAGAUAA